AUGUUGUGUCCAGAGGUCGUGAACUUUCCACCGCCAAAAGUGAUGUCUUCAUGUAAUCGAAGCGAAAAUCUCGAUUCUGUUAUAGAAACCAUCGAAAGGAACUAUUUCUAUAAAAGUGUGAUCAUAACGUGCCCUGACGAACUACACAUACCGACCUCCAUUGAGGAAAUGAUUACCGAAGACAACGAAUACUAUAAAAUAUACGGCUGUUCACUUACCGAGUUAGUACAACCAAGUUUCAUUCAAAACUUCGUUAAAAACGGCAAUCUGUAUUGUUUGUCCGCAGACAGAAACUGUGUCAGUCAAAACUGUGUUGCUGUCACUCCUGAUGGCGUGCUAACACUCAAUUUACUGGAGUACAUUUUUCAAACGACAGGGUUGGAAGGCGUUAAGCGACCUUUCGGUUUCUACGAAGUGAGCAUAGACUUGAAAACCUUGAAACGAUAUGACAAAUUAAAACAAUGUCUACAAAAAUUGGAGAAAUUCGAUUUUUACGUGUCCUGGGAACCAUAUCAAGAUGAUGUAUGUCCAUCAUCAAUAGCAAAGUAUUUCCACAAUAGAGACAUUGUUGUUGCCCAACAGACACUGCAUAAUAGAAAAGUAAUGCCUUCAAUCACUGAAGUUCCUUCGCCUAAGGACACAGAUGCAGAUGAAAUGGCAGAAUGGAUAGGAAUGCUGGCUCAUGAAGGGGAUUUAUUCCAAAAAGAGACUUACAUCAGCACAUAUGUACACCCUGAUAGUGAUUUUGCCCUGAAAACUGCAAGAAUAUGUUUGCACAUAGCAAAGGGAUUCAUAACUCCUACUGUAGUUAGUAAUGUUUGUAAACUUAUGUCAGAGUAUGUGUUGUCGAGGGAGUUGGAUAAUUACUGGAUAAGUAUAAGCAUUCAAAGUCAUGAGAACAGCCUCUGGCAAUGGAGUCCCAGCAGUGCACGCAUGUUCCAGGCCCACGAUUCCUCUUGCAACAUCUAUUUCACACACGAAGGAAUGAGUACAUAUUCAAUAGGACAAAUAAAGUAUUCAUAAUAUUAUGAACUGUUUAUUCCUUUACACCACCACUUAUAGAAUAAACAGUGAUGGUUUGAGGUCAUAAAAUCAAUAAAAAGAUGCACAGCAAUGGCCAACACUUCAUUGCAAUGUGUGAUCAUUAUAGUAUUUUUAUGUAGUUUAUAAUACAGCUAUUAUGCUCAACGAGUGUUAGGUUAAUAAUUCCAGAGGAUUUCUAGUCAGUGCAGGGUCAAGAGCACAUCGAGCUCGACACUUAACACUUAAAUAAAAAACAGUCCAAAGUACAAAGUGUCAAGCUCGAUGUGUUGACUGUACAAGACAUCAUGGUUAGCUAUUUAGUACCUAUUGGUACACCAGAUGUCGCGACGAGUACGAAGUAGCUAUUUUUUGUAACUCAUUGAUGAACUAUGAUUUAUCCAAGCUACUAUAAUUUCUAGUAAUAACGAAUAAAUUAACUAGAUGGAGCUUAAUUCACAGAUUUUUAUGGACACUGCCAUGCUAUUUUAUUUUGGAUCAGUGCCAUCUACUCAUACUAGUAAGUUAGCGUUUAUAGUUUGUAAUACACACUGCCAUCUAUUGACACGCAUAUUUAUCAAGGUUAAAAAAAAAAUAUUUUAGUUCAUGGAAGAAUACAAGUGAAGUCAAACAAAUUUUGUUGCUCCAUUAGACACAGAAAAGUAUAACCCACAUUGUCUCCAAUUCUUGUAACUGUAUUGUCUGAUAUUGUAGAUAUACUUACAAGAAUUGGAGAGGAUGUGGGUUAUAUUUUUCUGUAUCUAAUGGAGCAAUGAACAAGUUUCACGUAAUUCCACUUAUACUAUUCUUCCAUGAGGGGUGCGAUUUGAAUAUUACAAGGAAGAACGGACUACUUAUGUUUCAUAUUAAAGAUGAAUUCAUCGAUAUCCACCGGCAUUUACAUAAUAUAAACCACUUCCAGGAUAUCGAUCAGCGCAAACUAGAUAGAAGGCGGAAUUUUGACCUUUUCCAGUGUUAUGAUCUCCAUACUGCAGGUAUGGAGAUUAGCAGUCCACUUAGGUCAUUGGUCCAUGGCUCAAUGUACUAAAAAUUAUUGUCCUCUUUUGUAUGUUACUUCUACAAGUAGUACGACAGAGCAGGCGAUUGAAAAAUAAUUCGAAUUUGCCAAAUUGACGUUGUUUUAGCGGCACUUUGAUGGUCGCCCAAUUAACAAUUUUGUUCACGCUCAUGUCACCCUGUGAACUCUGCCGUCGAGAUAGUCGUAAUAAAUGUUACACGUUCGUUAAACACCUUGAAGUUUGCGUUUCUUGUGCACGCUAUUGCUAUGUUCACUGU